AUGACCCAGACAAAGAAGACAAUUGCCGUCGUCAACGCGACGGGGCGCCAGGCUGCUUCGCUCAUCCGCGUCGCCGCGGCCGUCGGUCACCAUGUGCGCGCGCAGGUCCAUUCGCUCAAAGGCCUCAUCGCAGAAGAGCUCCAGGAUAUCCCAAACGUCACAUUAUUCCAGGGCCCCCUGUUAAAUAAUGUCCCGCUGAUGGACACGCUCUUCGAGGGCGCGAACCUCGCCUUCAUCAACACCACCUCGCAAGCCGGCGACGAGAUUGCCAUUGGCAAGGACCUUGCCGACGCCGCCAAACGCGCCGGCACCAUCCAGCACUACAUCUACAGCAGCAUGCCAGAUCACUCGCUCUACGGGCCCUACCCGGCGGUGCCCAUGUGGGCGCCCAAGUUCACCGUGGAAAACUACGUCCGCCAGCUCGGCCUGCCUUCAACCUUCGUCUACACAGGAAUCUACAACAACAACUUCACAAGCUUACCGUACCCGCUCUUCCAGAUGGAACUCAUGCCCGACGGCACGUUCGAGUGGCAUGCGCCCUUUGACCCGGACAUUCCUCUCCCCUGGCUUGACGCGGAGCAUGACGUUGGUCCGGCGCUGCUGCAGAUCUUCAAGGACGGCCCUCAGAAGUGGAACGGUCAUCGGAUUGCGCUCACAUUUGAAACGCUGUCUCCCGAGCAAGUAUGCGCGGCCUUUUCGCGCGCUCUUAACCGCCGGGUGAAGUACGUUCACGUCCCCAAGGUCGAGAUCAAAGUCAACAUCCCUGUUGGGUACCGGGAACAGCUCGAGGCCAUCGAGGUGGUCUUUGGCCAGUACAGGGCCCCCUACUACCCUCUGCCCGAGUUUUCCCGUCCUGCCGCCGGAUCUCCCAAGGGGUUAGGCCCAGCCAACGGCAAGGGCGCUGGUGCCGGAAUGAUGCAGGGCCCUGGAGGGGUAAUCUCACAGCGUGUUACGGACGAAGCCCGGAAGCUGUGGUCAGGCUGGCGAGACAUGGAAGAAUACGCGCGCGAGGUCUUCCCCAUCGAAGAAGAAGCCAACGGGCUGGACUGGAUGCUGUGA